AAUCAAAGAAUUUUAGGGGCUAGUAAACCCUUUUACCUUUUAUAUCAAAAGUAGCAAUGUGCAGAAUCUCAAUAGCUAAGGACAACAGCUGAGGACAAUGGAUUUAGAUCCAAGGUGGAAUUAUGAAAAUAGUGAUGAGUGUGAGGUGGAGGAAGAAAAUAGUGAUGAGGAUGAGAUGGAGGAACAAGCUAUAGAACAAAGAGAUAAGCAGGUGGAAGGAGAAACAAUAAGUAGAAAAUUUCAAGAGGUUCUUGAUGCAAUGGUGAGGUUUUCAAGUGACAUUGUGAAACCACCUGAUUAUAAUUUUACCGAAACUCCCAAUAAGAUUCGACAAGAUAGUACGUUUUGGCCUCAUUUUAAAGGAUGUAUUGGUGCAAUUGAUGUUACAGGGUGGCCUGGAUCUACUCAUGAUGCACAUGUUUUAACCCAUACAUUGGCAAAUCAUAAGGAUGUGUUUCCUUAUCCUCCUGAUGGUAAAUAUUAUCUUGUUGAUGCUGGUUAUCCUAAUAUAAAUGGCUAUUUGGCACCUUAUAAAGGGGAAAGGUAUCAUAUUCCUGAUUUUAGACGUAGAAGCCAACCAAUCGGUUAUCAAGAAGUAUUCAACCAUGCUCAUGCUUGUCUUAGAAAUGUCAUUGAACGAUCUAUUGGGUGUUGGAAAAAUAGACAUGAAUUUAAUAAAUUAGUUUCAUUUCUCGCACAGGAUUUUCAAUUGUUAGUGUUAGAGGGUGGUCAAGAAAUUGUUCUUACUUGUGCAACAAUGGAGGAAGACUCCUUCGGCGUAAACCACGCAGGAUCUCUCCGACCAACUUCCUUGGACCUUGAAAUCACAAACCUUCUCUGUGACAAUAGGAUUUCCGGCCUCAUCGAGCAAGACCCGAUUACUGUGAAGGCUAAAAGCAGAUCCCUUCACCUUGAACAUGAUGUUCCCGUUGAUAUCGGUGACGACAAAGUCACCGUCUCUGACAGUCUUGACCUUCGGACGAUGGAAAGAUCAACAGGGUAAGAAGCACAAAAAUGGAGGCUGCUGAUCGGAGCAUUGAUCGGCAGGGGAUUUGCCGAUGGAGGGAAAGGGGAAGUACUAAAUUGUGCCAUUGGGAGAGAAUAUUAUUGGUAUGCUUUUACCUAUCUUUGGUCUUGUAUGGGACUGGGAUAUGAUUCUUCUU